AAUUCACAAUAUUUUGCAGAAAUGUCACAAUGAAAUGAAAUACCCGCACUAUCUUGUGCCAUGCUGGUUCAUGUUUGAGUAAUAAUUCAUGAAUGGGAGACUCAUCUUCAGCGGGUCAGAGAGUGCGGGCUCAGGCUUUUCCACGAAAUGUUCAGCAGAGUACCUGGAAAACCAAAGCGUUGCUGUUAUAUUAAAUAUCGUUUGUGCAACUUGUAUUUUCACCAUUCUAGCAUGGAAUAAUAUUCCUGAGAGCAAUUUUGCAAAUUGGCUCUGCUCGGAUUCGUAAAAGUAGUCCAAUAUUGUGUUGGAUUACAAGUAUCUUAAACAUGUCAGAAAGUAAUACAUCAGAAUCUCUUCUUGAACUAAUUGAAAGCAGCCUUCAAGGAGACAGUGAUCGUGCCAAGAUAAAGAGAAAUAUCAGAAGCACUCUGAAAGUGUUCCAAAAGGGUAUAAAGCUACCAGUUUCUGGACCUUCUUACAAACUUCGGUAUCGAUUUGCUGUCAGGAAAUGGAAAUUGCUGUCAGAAACAAACAGGAAAUGGACUUUCGAUUUGGCAAAUGUUUUUAUUGAGGACCUGAAGAACGAAUUAAGUCGUAAAGAAGACUUGAACUUUAAAGAUGAAGUCGACGAAAUUCUCUUGGGUAAAUAUUUCGAUCAAGAACCCAUGACCAAAGGCAUUUCUCAGACGAAGGUAUCUGGUCAAGGAUCGGUGAAAUCCUACGAGAAGCAGAAACAGACAUGGUAUGUCACUUGUAAAUGCGAGAACUCGUUUUAUGUGAUUCUUGCGAAAAAUGGUAAAAGCGAAGCCGAGGAAAGAAAAAUUGAUGUCCAAAAUAUUUCUUGUCCCCGCUACGAGCUUAUUUAUCCUGGAGAUGAAGUUCAAAUCGUUCCUCAAACUUCGCUAGGAGACGUAUACAGUGUUUACAUAUUAAAGUCUACAGGGCCAUCUUCAGAAAAAAACCGAGUUGCUAAAGGCAUCUUCAUAAAGAAUCUAUUGUCCAUUAUCCAAAUGGAGAAGUGUUGUUUAAAUGUUUUUGACAUUUUGAGGACAAGAUGCCCUGGAAUCUGGGACAGUAUAAAAAAUGACGAAGAGCUUUUUAAGGAUGAGGAAUGUGUACGAGAUGUUAUGAAAUUAUCUUUAUUGCUCUCAAAGAAAUUGUUGGAGACAAGUUCGUCAACCUGUGAAGAUUUUUUAGAAGACUUUUCGUCAUCGAAAUUUUUUAUCGCGUUUUUGCCAGAAUUCAUUGAAAAUAAUGCUCACAGUAAAGAUGUUGACGUUUUAAAGCCACUUCUAGAAAAUAUUAUGAAGUGUUCCCCACAAACUGCAACCAAAAUAUUCAAGGUUGCCAAGUACUUAGCUGAUUUAAUGCAUACAAUUAGCGUAAAGGACGGAGGACCAGAGGAAAACUCAACUUGUCCGGGCAUAGAGUACUUGGUACAUCUUGGCAUGAUAUUGGCAAAAUCAGUGGCAGGAUAUCAGGAUGUAGACACCACUAAUUGUUCGUGGAAUGAAUUGCCGACUAUUCCAACGGAAAAGGAAAUUUGUACCAAACUUGAUGUCAGAAGUCUGCAACCUAUCAAGCAUAAUGAACCGUACGACAACGUAGAGCAGUAUUUUGAUAUAAAUUUCCGUUUACUUCGCGAGGAAUGUUUCAGGGAUUUAUGUACUGGCAUUCAGAAUUUUCGGAAUUUGGAGAAGAAUUAUGAUCCACAGAAAAUGAAAUUAUACAGGAUAACGUUGAACUCAAUCACUGCUGCUGAUCAUAACACACAAAUUAUUCUUGUAUUGUGUUGCGAGGAAUACAGCUAUGGAAGAGAGAAAAAAGAGAGCUCGAAGGCUGAAGACGAGGCCGAAACUACAUGUAACGAGAUGCUCUACGGCAGCUUGUUGUGCAUCUCACUGAACAAAUGCUUUGACAGUCUAAUAUGGGCUACAGUGGUAAAAUAUGAACAUCAACAGAAUUCACACAAAAAGACGGUCUCUGUAAGAUUGUGUUCCGACCGAAAUAAGAAAGAAACCCGCGACGUUUUGUUACAAUUUUCAGCGAUAACAAACAAGGGUAAUCAUGCCUUGAUGGCAGAAAGCCCAACGUUUUACCGCGCAUUUGGUCCUAGUAUGGAUCGCCUAAAAGAAAUGUAUAACAAAGGUAACGUGCCUCUCGUUCGUGAACUGGUCUUUGCAAAUACGCCUUCACCACCUGAAUAUACACAGGACAAGGAACAGAAAUGUGACUGGAGCAUUAUAUUCAAAAAGCCACCCAAAAAUGGCUUUUCUUUUUCUAAACAAGAGCAACUUAGCCCAAUAGAACAGUUUAGACAUCUGAAAGAAUCAACAGAAAGUGUACUGGAUGAAACUCAAAUGAUAGCAGUUGAGGACUUUUUGAAGUAUAAGGUGUCAUUAAUACAGGGACCCCCAGGCACUGGAAAAUCCUAUUUGGGUGCAAAGAUUUUACGUUUAAUGCUUUCAAUGGGAAUUCAGCAGCGUUACGGAGGCCCAAUUUUGAUCAUGACGUACAAGAAUUCCGCUUUGGAUCAUUUUUUGGAGAUAUGCUUAGAGUAUACACCUAAAGUUAUCCGCAUUGGCAAGGCAGGAAACGAGAACCUGAAUAGGAUAAAUCUUAAAAAUACACCCAAAAGAGGAAUUGAUGACGAAUUACGGCAGACAUACAACGAAAUCAUUGAGCGAAAAAGAAAUUUCCAGUUUGAACUAAAAACACUAUUCCAGUGUUUAACGGUCUUUUCUACACGAACAUUCUUACAGGCAGCAUCAGAGCACAAUAUUAAGUCGCUUUUAAAAUCAGAGGUUCAGGUCGACGAUAUUUUGUCACAAUGGAAAUCGAAUACUGCUCCUCCCGAAGAAUUAAAAGCAAGUGUGAAGAAAAGUUUGAAAAAAUGGCUGAAAAGUGAUGAAAUUCAAGAAAGAUUCGAAAAUUGCAGGGAAAAGGAACCAAAAUCGAAUCGAUAUGACGAAGACAGCAGGGUUCUACCAGAAUCAACAAACGAUGAACAAGAAUGUUUGGAUUUUGAUGCAAUAGACGUAAAGAUCGCAGCACAAGAAAGACAGCAGGAUGCUGUAGAAGGCGAUUCUACUCAAGAAAACUGUGAUACACCAAGCGAAAAUGAGAAACUAGGUUAUGAUGAACCUUUGAUUAGAAAUGUGUACAUCCCAUUCGGGCGGGAAGAAAAUGAAGGAGAGCAGCAAGACUUCAACAAACGCGAUUUGUGGGAAUUAUCUGGUGAUGAACGUGUUGACUUUAUUUUUGCUUUACAGCGCAAAAUAGUUCGUCGUUUUAGCGAAACUGUGAAAUUGUACGAAAAGAAUGCAAAGCGCCAACAGGAAUACUUGGAUUGCAGUACUGUCAGCACAUUAAAAGAAUACGAUGUUAUUGUUAUGACCGUUACAGGGGCAGCAAUUCGAUUGCACUUGCUGGAUCAACUUAAACCUUGUGCUGUGAUUGUGGAAGAAGCUGCAGAAAUAAUAGAAGGCCAGUUGCUCUCUGUUCUCCCUCCCACCAUCCAACAUCUGGUUAUGUUAGGAGAUCAGGAACAGCUUAAGCCUCGUAUAAAUUGUUACCAAUUGAGAGGAAAAAAACUCGACUGCUCCAUGUUUGAAAGGUUAAUAAACAACGGAAUGCCGUUUAAGCAGCUGGGGAAACAGUGUCGAAUGCAAAACAAUAUUGCUGAUCUCCUUCGCUCACUAGAUAUAUACAAGAAUUUAGAAACAAACUUUGAGAAAACGAACGAUAAUGACCCACCCGAUUGCGUUGGAAAGAGUCUAUUUUUUGUGAAACACACCAAAGAAGAAAAAAAGAUUAAAGGGUCAAACAGCUUUUACAACCCACACGAAAUUGAGGUAGUGUUGAAUGUCGCUAAGAAAUUGAUGGAGAACGAAUACUGCCCUAACGAUGUCACAGUGCUUUGUCCCUACAGUAGCCAGGUUAAGAAGAUGAAAGCUAAAUUUGAAGAAUCGUCGUCAGACCCCACCCACGAGUAUUAUACCAAAUUAAAAGAUAUCCAUAUCACGACUGUGGACAGUUUCCAGGGCGAAGAGAACAACGUGAUCCUCCUCUCUCUGGUUCGCAGCAAUGAUGAUGGCAGCAUCGGUUUCUUUAAGCAAACAAACCGCAUAUGCGUGGCAAUUUCGAGGGCAAAAUGUGCAUUGUAUAUCUUUGGAAACGCCAGCACCUACAGGCGCACGUCAAAUAAAUGGGAGACGAUUAUAUCACAUUUGGAGAAAAAGCAUUUGGUUAAAUAUAAGUUCCCGUUUAAAGAAGAAUCUGCCAGGAAUUGCAGGUCAAAAGAAGAUGAAGCUAUGGAUAAACACUUGUUACUUUUGGCUAAGGAAAUCCCUGCAGAUCGGAAAAUUUUAGCAAAAUUUCUCGGCAUUGGUGAUUCUAAAGUACAGGAGAUUUCCUCGAAUAGCCCUUGUGAUACGUCAUGGCAAGCAUAUGAGCUACUUAAACAUUGGUGGAAUAAUCGUAAUAGCGGGAAUUCAUGGCUUGUUGAACUUCGCAAGGCUCUGGAUGAAAUGGGAAGACACGAUUUAUCUAAAACUUUCGCCGGUGAUGAUCUCCAAACUGGCACAUAAGAUGUGUACAAGUCUAUAAUAAUUAUAAUCGCUUGUUUUUUCAGUCCUGGGAUGUAUAGAUCCGAGGCAAUGUAUUUACACGACGUACCCAAAUUUAAUUUCCUAGACAUAAUGUAGUUUUUUGGUUUUUUCAAUAUAACAAGUCCGAGUUUAAAUUUUACUUCUUUUAAUAUAAACUCAUCCAUGCAAUUGUGCUGAACAAAAUUUCCGCGGAGCGAUCUUAAUCUUAUAGUAAUCUUAAAACGGUUUUAGCUGCUACUUUAAGUUUCAUGCAUCUUGCGAGUUGCGAUCUUCUUCGUGGGUUGUUCGUAUAACUCUCUUUGAAUCAGUUGGCCUUCA